AAUGUGUGCUGUGGUCCGCAAGUUUCGGUAAAUAACUCGCUUGUGAUUGCUUUGUGAUCUGAGUUAUCGCUUAUCGGUUUACAAUUUUGAAUAGUCACUAUAUAAUUCUCGUAUGCAGUUAACUAAUUGUAAAUUGUAAUUGUCACCGCAGUGAAGAGUUUCAAGAAAACAUUACUUUCUAAAAGCUUUGUUGAUAGUACGGCUUGAUCCUGCCCGUAAUGAACAACCCAGUAAACUUCCGUGCCAACCAAAGGUACAAACUACUAAGAACUGAACAGGACAGAAAAGCUAAGGUAUUUGACCGGGACAUGAACUCGCUAAUGGGCUACAUACUCGGCAUAUCCUGCAACCUCAGCAAUCCACCCCUCAAUCAAAAUGAAAAGCAGCAGUGCAGAAAAGCUCGUCCAGCAACCUCCCUCCCUCCGGGCCGAAUGAAGGGUCCAUUUGUACGGUAUUCCGACACCAGACACUUCCUAAAGACUGAGGAAAGGAAGGAGGCAGUUAUAAGGAGCAAUAAGAAGGAGGAGUUUAGGAGCAGGGGUACUAAUGGAAUGUGUACGAAGAGAGUUAAGGAGAGGAAACAUGUCCGGUUCAAGCCUGAACCUCAGGUUUAUAUAAUAGAACCCCACGUGGACAACUGGAAUAUCCUGGACAGACCCAACUCAGCUCCCGCUCUAGUUACCAAGAAUCACACUCUCGACCCCCGGUUCCACCAGGACACCAGACUGUUGAACCCCCGACACCACGAUCAUCGUCUCCAGAACCCCCGUCACCAUGACAACCCACGUGACAACCCACGUGACAACACACGUGACAACACACGUGACAACACACGUGACAACACACGUGACAACACACGUGACAACGCACGUGACACGCGCUUCUUGAAUAGUAUGUCGCGUCCUCUGGAGAACACUAGAGUUAUGGGUGAUAAACCAGUAGAGUACACUUCACUGGAGUACCAACUUUACCCAACUCAUCACCACAGACUCAGCUCUGGUUGUUGGACAGAUGCCAAGAUCAGGAGCGGAGUCAAGGACAAAAAUGGGCGUGGUCAAACAAGUUAUAUAGGUGAUAACGGGUAUAGAUUCAAUAGAACUAGGAGCUGCUGGGAGGUCAGUAAGAUGAACGGUUCUACACCUCAAUUUGGCAGUUAAUUAGUUGCAGUUGUGGAAGCACAAAAUGUUAAACUGUUACAGAAAUCAUAUCUGAUCCCCGAAAAGAAAUAGGUUUCAAGCAAUCUUAGCGACCCUAAUCUAUGCGGACUAAACUUUCAAACUGUGAGCGGCACAAAUUAUGAAAUAUUCUCAAAUAAGACCUGAUGCCCGCUCACGAGUUUUAUUUUUAAACAUACUCAAUUUAUCAGGCAUAUAAUGUCGGUGCUUGGUAAUUAUGAGACAGCUAUUGAGACAAGCUGCUCAAUAGCUCUCUUAUUCAAACAAACUGCUCAUAUAAAGGUCGUUCAAAUAAGGGCCAAUAAGCGUGAUCCGUCAGGUUUAAAUGACUAUUAGUAUUGAGUAGUCAUAUUGAGUAACAAGUUACAAAUAUAACAAUGGUGAUGUAGUGAUUUACAGUAUAUUUAGUAAACUGUCGUAUUAUUAGCUUGUUUUAGAUUGUAUGAAUUUAGUUACCGUUCAUUCAUCAUGUGUUUUACGAGUGAAUUUAAAUGUGUUUUCGUCUUUUUUGCUGAAGAAAAUGUGCUGCAGGUCCGACAAUUUGGAAAUCUGCCACAGAUUUAGCAUUUCUUGAUUACGAACCGGUUAAACGGUUAAACGUUAAACAGUUAAAAAUGCAAUUAUGAUAUUUAUAGACUCCCUGUUUGAGUAUAAUUUACU